UAAACCAGCAGUUUACUUUUCUCGAUAUCGCAUUCGGUUCACACCAUCCUUCGUUUACAAAUUCAGACGCUCGCACCAACGUCAUGCACUGAGUUCUUUCAGGCUCAGAGCAAUAAUUACCCUCAAGAUCCAUUAGAGACAGAGGGCGGUGGCGCAUCCUUUCCAUGCAUGCAAGCUGCAAGCAGCAUCCAGAAGAGUAAAGCAAAGAAUGCCCCCAGUCCUGUAAUCAUUUCCAGGGUAUCCUCCUCCUCCUCCUCCAUUCUCAUGAUACCAUUGAUUCCAUGGGUUCUUCUCCCCCUCCUCCUCCAUCUCCCGGUGGCCGCCCGAGCCGCAUUCGAUUACCAGGAUGCUCUCGCCAAGAGCCUGCUCUACUUCGAGGCCCAGCGCUCCGGCCACCUCCCCUACAACCAGCGCGUCGCCUGGCGGGGCCACUCCGGCCUCACCGAUGGGCUCGAACAAGGAGUUGAUUUGGUAGGAGGGUACUACGAUGCCGGCGACAACGUAAAGUUCGGCCUGCCGAUGGCUUUCACGGUCACAAUGCUUUCAUGGAGUGUCAUGGAGUUUAGCGAAGAGAUCGCGGCGGCCGGGGAGAUCGAGCAUGCUCUGGAAGCCAUCAAAUGGGGGACGGAUUACUUCAUCAAAGCCCACACCCACCCCAAUGUCCUCUGGAUCCAGGUGGGUGAUGGCGAUACCGACCACUACUGCUGGCAGAGACCGGAGGACAUGACCACGUCAAGACAAGCAUACAAGAUCGACGCCGAGAAUCCCGGGUCGGAAGUCGCAGGGGAGACGGCCGCCGCAAUGGCGGCGGCGUCCAUCGUGUUCAGGACAUCCAAUCCGCGUUACUCCAACCUCUUGCUGCAUCAUGCCCAACAGUUAUUCGAGUUCGCGGACAAGCAUAAGGGGAGGUACGACAGGAGCGUCGGGGUGGCGAAGAAUUACUACCCGUCGGUGAGCGGAUACGGCGACGAGCUGCUGUGGGCGGCGCUGUGGCUUCACCGGGCGACGGGGCGAGAGGAAUAUCUGGAAUACGUGGUGAAUAACGCGUCCCGGUUAGGGGGUUCCGCUUGGGCCAUAUCCGAGUUCAGCUGGGAUAUCAAAUACGCCGGCCUCCAGGUCUUGGCUUCCAAGCUGCUGAUGGAAGAAGGCGUCAGUCUCCAAGAGAAGCACAGAAGCACGCUGGAGCAAUACAGAUCGAAGGCCGAGCACUACUUGUGCUCCUGCCUGAACAAGAACAAAAAUGGCAGCAACGUCCGGCGCACGCCGGGCGGCCUUCUCUACGUCCGGCAGUGGAACAACAUGCAGUACGUCGCCGGCGCCACCUUCCUCCUCACAGCCUUCUCCGACUACUUGGCCAGAUCCGAGGAGGAGCUCCAUUGCCCCCAAGGCACUUUGGGACCUCAAGAGCUCCUCUCCUUCGCCAAGUCGCAGCUGGACUACAUCCUGGGCGCCAACCCCAUGGGCAUCAGCUACCUGGUGGGCUUCGGACCCAAGUUUCCGACCAGGGUGCACCACCGGGCAGCGUCCAGCGUCUCCUACAAGGAGGACAAGGCCUUCAUCGGUUGCACGCAGGGGUACGACGCCUGGUUUGGCCGGCAGAAGGAGAAUCCGAACGUUCUCGUCGGGGCCGUCGUCGGCGGCCCCGACGCCAAGGAUGUGUUCAGGGAUGUGAGAGGGAAUUACAUGCAGACGGAGGCAUGUACAUACAAUACAGCAACGCUGGUGGGAGUGUUUGCCAAGUUUGAUCGGCUGCAAGGGCAGCCACAAAUUUCCUCCUGUUAAGGAGUAGGCAGCACAUUUACAUGUAAGAAAGCUGAAAGGAGCAUAAAUUUUUUCCUUCUUUUUUUUUUCCCGUUAUAGAGUGUUAUUGUUACCAUAUAUAGAGGUCAAGAUGAUGAAAGUUGAGUAUAUCAUAUAGGAAAAGAAAGAAAAUGAAAGAAAGAAAGAGAGAAGCAAGCUUCAGAAAUUCUUUUUGUA